AUGCGUAUCAAGCUGUGCCAUUGUGCGUGUUCUGUUUCCAAUAUCUACAGGUUGGUCAUCUUCAACCGCCAGGACUGUUGCUCCGAACGACUCAACCCCUUCAACAUCCACAUCGGGGAUUCCGACCAGGUCAGCACGAACCCCAGGUGUGGCGGUGAUCAUCAGAUCGACGUGAACCAGCCGUCCAUUUCCGUCUCCUGUCAGGGGAUGAAGGGUCGCUAUGUGGGCGUCAGUCUUCCUGGAUCCUCCCGAAUACUGACCCUGUGCGAAGUCCAAGUAUUUUCUGUGAGUUACGGCCUGACUAUUGCAACGGAUGCUGCUGAUUAUUCUGGGACUACUGAUUCACUGACAGUAGAAAUCUUCUCUGACGUUUGUGAUGAUGUCUGUGUGACAACGACGGUAUCCGGACUUACAGCGGAUGGGACUGAGUACAACCGAGCCUUUGCCGCUUCCAGUUUUGGUGAUCCUUCUCGGCUCCGACUUACCAUUUCGGGGGGCGAUUGGCUCAAACUAGACUGGAUUGACGUCUACAGUGGCUAUACUGGGCUGUACUACCGUUUUUCCUGUCCCAGUAACGGUUGCCAGUUGUCCACUGACUCCUCGGAGGGCAGCGAACAACUCAAUUUAUAUGUCGGAUUUGUCGAUGAGAACGAAUGCCAGCUAGAUCCCUCCGCGCGACAGGACUGCGGUUGGGGGGGCAUUACUCCAGCUGAGUGUCAGGAGCGAGGAUGCUGCUUUGAUAGUUCAUUUCAAGAUGCACCUUGGUGCUUUUACAGCACAGCAACGGAUGCAGUGAUUGGUUUGUGGCCCUUAAACGGACAUUAUGGAGCAUCAGACAUAACAGGAAACGGAAAUAACGGGACAGCAACAGGAACUCAGUCAGCUCCAGGCCCGUAUGGAGACGCCGACGGAGCUUUCCUGUUUUCGGGAACUGAAAAUUCCUACAUCGACAUUCCCAACAACGGCAGGCUGGAUGUGCGCUACUCCUACACCAUACUGGCGCACAUCUAUCCUACCGGAGAGGGUGGACCUAUCUUCGACUACGUCGGGAACAACAACGCCUGGGGAGUACACUUCUGGCAGGCUGCUCCACAAGAGCUGUUUAUGAAGUAA